GUCAGCUGGCGCGCGGCUGGUCAGGCCAGGCUCUGCGCGUCGCCCGGAUGGCCUCGCCUGGCUCGGCAGGGGCUCCGCUGGACCCCGAGGCCGCGGCGACGGCCUUGCUGUGGGAGCGAGCCUGGUCGCUGGAGGAGGUCCGCGCCGGGAGCCAGGCCUGGUCCUUGGCCGCUGACGCCGGGCUUUUGCGUUUCCUACAAGAGUUCUCGCAGCAAACGAUCUCCAGGACUCAUGAAAUCAAGAAGCAAGUGGAUGGGCUGGUCCAAGAGACCAAAAAUACCGAUUGCCGCCUGCACAAUGUCUUCAAUGGAUUCCUCAUGCUGUCAAAUACGCAGUUCAUUGAAAACAGAGUGUACGAUGAAGAAGUGGAAGAAUCCACACCCAGAACUGAAGUGGGAGACAAACCAGAACAGGGAAAAACGCGUGAACAGAAAGAAGCAGAUUUGAUUCCCCAAAUCCAGGAAGCUGUGAAUUACGGCCUGCGAGUGCUGGACAGUGCCUUCGAACAGUUGGACAUCAAAGCAGGGAAUUCAGAUUCUGAAGAAGAAACAAAUGAAAAGGUGGAAUUAAUAUUGGAGCCAAAGGAUCUCUACAUUGAUAGGCCUCUGCCAUAUUUAAUUGGCUCCCAGCACUUCAUGGAACAAGACGAUGUUGGCCUGGGUGACCUUUCCAGUGAAGGUACAGUAGAUAGUGAUCGUGGGAGCAUGGUUGACAGUGAAGGGAAAGAUGAAGAGGAACUAGAAGAAGAAUUUGGGAAUGUGAGCGAGGAUGAUCAGAAGCCAAGACCAGCACUGAUGAGUGAUGAAGAUGAUGAUGACCUCUUUGGUGGUGACUCUGAAAAGGGGGAAGAUGACGAAGAUGACUUGGAAGAAAUCUCCAGGCCGAAAAAGAAAAGGCCUACAUCCUUCACAGAUCAGCUGGCAGCUCGUAUCAAAGGGGACCUGCCAAAUAAGAAAAACGAGGAGCAAUUGCCCUCUACGGAUGCAAAAAAUAAAAAGACGGAGAAAGAGAGGGAAGGUGCCGGUGUUUCAUCAGAUGACGAUGAUGAUCUCUUCCGGCCUCCCAAGCUAACUGAUGAAGACUUCUCACCAUUUGCCUCUACAGGAGGUCUCUUCAGUGGUGGGAUGGGACUCUUUGAGGAGGAGAGUGAUCUCUUUGCUGAAUUGCCAAAAGGGGAAGAGACAGCGGAGAAAGAUGAACGAGUCCCAAUAAAUGACGACCCAUCGUCAAAAGCUGUAAGGAAAGUUCCCGCUGGAGGAGUCUUUCUCUUUCCAGGUGGGAAUGACGUCUUCAGCCCCUCCUCGCCUCUCAUAGAGAAAGAAAAGGUGGCCACCGAACCGAUUGCAGAGGAAACUCACAAACAGCACGCGGGUGUCAGCCUGUUUGAUGACGAUGACUUUCAGGUCAAAAAGAGAGACUCCAUUUCAACUAAACCUGCUGCUGAUCUCUUUGGUGACGUCGAAGAGGACCUGUUCAAGGAAAAGCCAGAUGGUGCCAGGGUGGUAAAGGAUGCCCCUAAAGAAGCUGAAGGAUCUAAAGGAUUGAUAGCAAAAGACAAGAGUCAGCCGUCUUCCGCUCAAAACUUCAAGCCAUCGAUUCCAACCGUCUCCAAAGAACACAGAAGCCUGUUUUCUGACGAGGAAGAUUCUGAAGAUUUGUUUUCUUCCAUUCAGUCUGGAAAGAGCUCAGGCUUACCCAGCAAAGGAGCAGCAAAAACGCCGCUAUCUCUGUUUGAGGAUGAGGACGAAGAGGAACUCUUCGGGUCUUUUCCUACGAAGGCACAAGCGUCCAAACCACCUCCAGAGAAAGCAGCCCGUUUGCUCUUCAGCAGCAGCGACGAGGAGGAUCAUUGGAAUACUGCUGCAACGAUCAAACCUCCUGCGAAAAAGGAAGUGGCAAAGGCUGCAGUCAGCCACGCUGUAAACAAGAAGAGCCUCUUUGAGGAGGACGCCAACGAAGAGGAGGAGGAUUUGUUUGCACUCACUAAGGACAGUCAAGGAAAAACUCAGAAAGCAGCUCUCCUGUUUGAAGAAGAUGCUACAAAUGGAGACUCUCUCUUUGACUUUCAAUCCUCCCCGCUCUCAUCCAGCACUCCAGCAGUAAUGGGACAGGGAUCUGUUCCUCACCCGUCACGUCCUGGAGAGCAGGAGGAUGUGCUGGACACAUCUCAGAAAAAACCAGUGAAAGAGAAGAGGAGACCGUGGGACGACCCAGGUGCCCUUCCUCCUCUUGGGCUUGAAGAAGAUCUAGUGGAGAAGCAAAGGAAGGAGAAACCUCUGCUAGAGAAAGACACCAGGAGAAAGACCAAAAGUGUGUUCAGCUUGUUUGAGGACGAAGAGAAAACUGAAGAGGCAGAUGGCGGCAAAAGCACCCAGAAGGACAUAGAAAAACCCUCGGAGAAGAGUGCUUGUCCCAAAAGCACAGGUGUCUUCCAGGAUGAAGAACUUUUGUUCAGCCAGAAGAUGCAGAAAGACAACGAUCCAGAUGUUGAUCUUUUUGCCAGCAGCAGGAAAGGGAUUCCAAAGCCCCGGGCCAAACUUUCGUCUGGAGGAAGUUUGUUUGGGGAUGACGACGGCAGCAGCGAGGACGGUCUCUUCAACUCAACUAAAACAAAGCCUCCGAAAUCAGCUGGCCUUGCUUCCAGUAAACCUAAGGCGCCUGCACCUCGGAUUGGAAUAUUACAAGCAAAUUUGGAUAUUAACCCAGCAGCUUUGCUGCCCAGUGGAACUCAAAAGCCUUCCCCACCAUAUUCAGAGCAUUACAGGGCACAUCACACUUCAGUAGCCCCUGUUGCAGGGAACACUGGCGAGAUGGGAGUCAGCUUUGAUGAUCCCAUGCAAGCGGAGACUUUACAUAAUGCAAACAAGGGCAGAAUCAAAAUGUCUAAGAAACGUAGGCCACCCACCAGAACCGCCAGACGAUUAGCCGCUCGAAAAUCCAGCGAGAGUGAAGUGAGCGUUGCUGAGGACUUCUCUCCGCCCCUGUCGCCGGAAAGCUCUGUGCCACCAGUGGCUGUGCGCCCCCACAAAGGAGAACCGUGUACCAAGGGAACCAAUGAGAAGGCUAAGUUACUUCUAUCGGCCAGCAGCCAUGAUCGGCCGCAGAAGACAAACAAGAGCCCUGCCUCAAAAGCAACAGCCCCGUCUCAUGGAGACAAACUCUUUGAGUCCAGUGAUCUCUUUGAUGGUGGUGGAGAAUCUAAAGUGACCUUGAAGCCGAAGGCCAAGUUGGAAACUGAACAUUUGGCUAUCCAGGCCCCUAAAGAUGUGGAAGGGCUGCAAGCUUCAUUGCCACUGGAGGAUUCAAAUUGUGAAGACCUCUUCAAACCUGCAAAACCUUCGAAGAAACCCAGCCCUGUUUCUUUCCUGGACAACGAGGAUGACCUCUUCGCUAGUAAAAAAACGCUGAAAAGAAAAUCUUCAAAGCUCACUGCUCCAUCCGAUCUGGAUCCUACAAUAAAAGAUAUUUUUGAGGAUGAUAUCUUUUCAUCAGAAGUUGUUAAGCUACCGCCAGUUAAAGCGAAAGAGUCGGAAGUAAACCUGUUUGAUGAUGAUGUCGACAUUUUUGCCGAUCUUGCUGUAAAACCAAAAGAGAGGAGUACCAAGAAGAAGGUGGAAGCUAAAUCCAUAUUUGAUGAGGACACAGAUGAUAUCUUCCUGCCUAAUAGCCAGUCCAAGUCACUGACCAAAAAGAAGCAAACAGUUCAGACACCUUCAGGAGCCAAAUCCGAGCCCAGAACACCAAGUACUUUCGAAGACCCACUGAACGCAUUUGAAGGCCAAUGAAGACGCGGUUAAUAUCUCUUUUGUAAAAUAAUCCGUCCUGCCCAAUAGCAAUUCCCUUGCUUCCUAAUCCGCUGGUAUGACAGGACUGUGAAUAUCCCUUGCCUGUCUUCUCACAUGGCACCAAAUCAGAAAUAACUUGAUAAAUAUUACAGAACCUCUAACAGUAGCAUCCAGCAAGCUGGCUGGAAUUAAUUAGCUUGCUUGGUCCCAUGCUGAUGUAAUCUAUUGUACAGAGUAUAGACAUUAUUGUUCAAAGCUACAAUAUCAAUCUCUGAUAACAGUAAAUACCUUUUGUGAAACUGA